AUGCGGCGCGUCCCGUGUCUGGUGGAAGUCGCCUACCUCGUGCUUUCGAUGGCGUGCAGCGUCUGGUACCUCUCGAUCCUCUUUCCCUACCUCCAGAACGACUUUUUUUGGACUGGCUUUUCCCUCCAUGCCCAAACGUACCUCUUGGAUCUCUACCGAACGUGCAACACGCCGUCCACGAGGCUCGAGAUACAGGCAUCGUACCCUCGGGCUCUUCUCUCGUUGCACCUCACAUCGCCGGCGCUUCGCAGCGUCGACUGGGCGCAGUUCACUUCGCGGUUUGGUCCGUCGUUUAUGUUUUCAGUUGGUGACGCAGUGUUCUUGUCCCCGCACGGCGCGACCUGGCUCGAAAGUGUUCAAGACGGCUUUGUCUCGAUCGACGACGAGGCGGCGCUGUGGCAUGCGCACGGUCUCUCGCACUAUACAGUGCAGUGGGGCAACAGCUACGUGACGGGUCUGCACGAAACCAUUGCCAUUCAAAAUGCAUUUGGCUGGACGCAAUGGCUCUCGUCCUCCAAGAUCGCCUACGCCACGCGAGAUGCUCUCUGGACAACGUCGGUCGCGUAUUGA